AUACAUCAACAACACAUAUACAUAGAUACAUACAUACACACAGUUGUUCUCUCCUCUCACCCCUCCACUAUUUCUCUAUCUAAAAACCAAAACAAAAUCUUUCUCUCUGUCAUCCGAUCAUGGAGAUAUGAUGUUGUUUCCGUCGAUUCUGUAACAGAUUCACAUCUCUAUUUGAAUCUUGUUUCUUAUUAUCAUCUUCUUCAGACAGACACCCUUUACUCUCUUUCUUUUAGUUUGACCUUUUUCAGAAGUGUUUCGCAAUGCAACAUUCUUCACAGCAUUUUCCUUUUGGUCCCUCAAAAUUGACAUCAAUGAAUUAUUCAAAAGCCGUUGGAAGUGGGAAAAAGGACAUGUUAGAUAAUAACUAUAAUGACGCCUCCAGUGAUACCGCCUUUUUUUCAAGUUCAUUACCCGUUUUGCCCCAUGAGAAGCUAAUAUCGAAUAACGCAGAAAACAAUUUCCAACCAUUAGAUGGUAGUGAUUUGCUUGAAGAUAUUGCGGAUCACGCAAUCGGAAAUUUGUUGCCCGAAGAAGACGAGCUUUUAGACGGUGUAAUUGACGGUAUUGACCUUAAUGCUUUCACUAACCGUGCAGAUGAGUUGGAAGAGUACGAUCUUUUCGGAAGUGGGGGUGGUAUGGAACUUGAAUCUGAUAUGGAUAACUUGAAUUUGGGUAUUUCAAAGGUUAGUUUGGGUGAUGGGGUGGUUGGUAACGGGCUGGCCCAUUACAAUAUAGCAAAUGGUGUCGGGACGGUUGCUGGAGAACACCCAUAUGGCGAGCAUCCUUCAAGAACUUUAUUUGUGCGGAAUAUUAAUAGUAACGUUGAAGAUUCGGAACUCAGAACUUUGUUUGAGCAAUAUGGCGAUAUUAGAACGCUAUACACGGCAUGUAAACAUAGGGGCUUCGUGAUGAUAUCUUAUUACGAUAUCCGUGCUGCUCGAACUGCCAUGCGCUCGUUACAAAAUAAGCCAUUACGAAGAAGGAAGCUAGACAUUCACUACUCGAUUCCAAAGGAUAACCCUUCAGACAAAGAUAUAAAUCAAGGAACUUUGGUUGUUUUUAAUUUGGAUCCUUCAGUUUCGUGUGAAGAUCUUCUUCAAAUCUUUGGGGCAUACGGUGAGGUUAAAGAGAUAAGGGAGACGCCGCAUAAACGGCACCAUAAGUUUAUAGAGUAUUAUGAUGUUAGAGCUGCAGAAGCAGCCCUUAGAUCUCUAAACAGGAGUGACAUAGCUGGGAAGCGCAUAAAGCUUGAACCUAGUCGCCCUGGUGGAGCCCGUCGAAACCUAAUGUUACAAUUGACUCAAGACUUUGACCAAGACGACACUCGAAGUUUUCGACUUCAAGUGGGCCCCUCGAUUGCAAACUCCCCUCCAGGCGUCUGGCCACAAUUUGGCAGCCCGAUUGAACACAAUCCUCUUCAAAACGUAAGCAAGUCACCGGUCCUUGGCUCAGCGAGCCCUACCUUCAGCAACGGUUUAUCCGGUCUGGCUUCUAUCUUGCACCCUCAACCAGCCCGGAUAGCACCAAUCGGUAAGGACCAUGGGAGGGCUAACCCUAACCGUAACCAUCUUGACCAAAAUAACACAUUUCAACAAUCUCAUUCACUUCCAGACUCCAUAUUGAGUCAGUUUAACGAACCCAUGUCCUCUUUUGGCGGCUCGAGCUCAACUGGUUCAGGAAUCGAAACACUCUCCGGCCCACAGUUUCUGUGGGGCAGUCCUAACCCCAGUCCCAGUAUAUUGACCGACCAGCCCAAAGGACCUAGCGGACCGAGCCAUGGUUUUAGAUCACCGACCAUCGGUCAUCCGUUUACUACAUCCAAGGUCCCACCUGGUAUUACCCACGGGUUUCCAAUCACGGGACGCCAUGGAUCUAUGCUUCAUCAACAUCAUCAUGUUGGAUCUGCUCCAUCUGGGAUACCGUUCGAAGGACAUUUUGGUCAUUAUCACGAGUCUCCUGAAACGGUUUUCAUGAGCUCACCUGCUUAUGGGGGUGUAGGUAUAGGUCAUAUUGAUAGAGGCUUUUUAGGUUCUCGUGGGUCGGUUGGAAACGGUUCUCCAAGUUUCAGCACCAUGCAUUCUCCCAGGGUUAGUUCUAUGUUUCUUGGUAGCGGGCCUUACGCGGGAUUUGGGCCCACACUUGCGGAAAGUAUGAGUGAGCGUGGACGGAACCGGCGCGCUGACCAAAAUGGUGGUCAAACUGAUAGCAAAAAACAGUUUCAGCUUGAUCUUGAUAAAAUCACAAGCGGAGAAGAUACCCGAACAACUUUGAUGAUAAAAAACAUUCCUAACAAGUAUACUUCUAAGAUGCUGCUUGCUGCUAUUGAUGAAAAUCAUAGUGGUACUUACGAUUUUCUGUACUUGCCAAUCGAUUUUAAGAACAAAUGCAAUGUCGGCUAUGCGUUUAUCAACAUGCUUUCUCCAACUCAUAUAAUCCCAUUUUACCAGGCAUUCAAUGGGAAAAAAUGGGAGAAAUUCAAUAGUGAAAAAGUUGCUUCGUUGGCUUAUGCUCGAAUCCAAGGAAAGAUGGCACUUGUGACUCAUUUUCAGAACUCGAGUUUGAUGAACGAAGAUAAACGUUGCCGGCCUAUUCUUUUUCAUUCAGAAGGUUCAGAAGUUGUUGAUCAGGAACCUUUGUCAUCAAAUGUUUUGAAUAUUCAAAUGCAUCGGUCAAAUGGUUCAGACUCAGGCGACUCAUCAGGUAGCCCUCCAAAAGACGGUGCGGGUCCUGGUACAACUGAGCAGAGCUGACAGCAGGUGAAGCCAGCAGUCGUGCUAAACCGUCUAAAAUAAUAAUAUUUACGCAAGACUGCUGACUUUCAUCAGUACAUAGUGUAUAGAAGAACUAAGAGAAUCGUAUUAAAAAGAAAACAAGGGUGCAGGUGCGGAUUUUGUCUAUUUUUGAAAAGAUAAAAGAGUUAAAAAGAAAGAAAAAAGAUAAAAAAAAAAAAAAGAAAAAGAAAUCCUAUGUUAGAAGUAGUUUGGAAGAGGCGAAUGAUAGUAAUGUGCAGAUCCCGAUUGCCAUUUUGCUAAUAUGUAAAUCGAUAUCUCCUGUUCUUUCACCUCUUCAUUUUGGGAACUGUUUUAUUCGGGCUUUUAUCUAUGGCGAUGAUUGCUUGGACGUAAGUAAGUUUAUGGGUUUUGUGGCAAAUGUAUAGUGUCCGUGUUGGGGGUAGAUCUGACUUUUCAUGUGUUUUGAAUCUUCAGUUCCUCGAUUGAAAACGGAUGGGAACUGAACUUGGGAACUUUUUUUGUUUAUUUAGUUUUUUUUGUUUUUUGUUUGUGUAAAGUAGUUUUAGUUGUGAUGAGCAGGUUUUUCAUGUUUUAGAGGAGCAUCUGUUUGUUGUAGAAAGUUAUAGGUGGUCAUUAUCAUGUAAUGACUUGUACCUAAUGUAUUAAAAUAUGUGUGAUAAUACCAACUGUGUUAUCUGUUGGCUAA